UUUUUUUUUCACCGUAAUAACAAUUCCCCGUUACGUCAUAGGGAAAAUACAGUCAUCCGGGUUUAAACCGUAGUCGUAUCCCGACCAGAAAAGCUCGUAACAACUUUAUAUCAAUAAUCCACGAAUAAAAUCUACGAUCGGAAAUGAAGCGGGAUAUUAACGUCGCGUGAUCGAAACAACUGACGAAUUUUGACUAACCUGUUUAGGGAUGGCUAAUAAAUGAAGACGGAAAUCAUGACGACAGCAACGCAUUUGUCAGUCAGUGUAUCAAAAAACCAAGAUGGCGACGCGGAUAACAGACUGCUAUCCUCGAUCGAUUCGUUGACCGGGUAACCUAUCGUGUCGUGUUUUUUUCUUGCAAAAAGAAGUUCAAAUUUUGAUUGUCAGUUCCUAGAGACAGUGGAAAAGAAAUGAUUUCGUUUAGAUUUUACAAUGGAAUCAGGAAUCUCUCCACGAAGUUUGAUGACAUUGCUAACCUCGUUAAGAAGAAUAAAGUAGUUGUGUUUAUGAAGGGUGUCCCUGAUGCGCCUAAAUGUGGUUUCAGCAACGGAGUUGUGCAGAUAUUAAAGAUGCAUGAUGUUAAAUAUGAUGCCCAUGACGUCUUACAGGAUGAAGUACUCAGGCAAGGUAUCAAGGAUUAUUCUAACUGGCCCACGAUACCCCAGGUGUAUAUAAACGGUGAAUUUGUGGGCGGAUGCGACAUACUGUUCGAAAUGCACAAAAACGGAGAGCUCGUAGAGGAAUUGAAGAAAGCUGGAAUUACGAGCGCCCUUUUAGAAAAAGACGAAUCGAAAUAGAAAUCGACCGAUUAAGUGUUUACGCCUAAGAGUUUAGUUUAUUUAUAAUCUUGUAAAUAAAGCGAUUGUUUGUUGAUGGUUGUCUUUUGUUA